ACGUCCGUCGCCCAGUGUCUUGUCUUUCUCUCUCUUUUCCUAACCUCCUUCCGCCAGCGCAGUUGACAGGCGGCAACGCUCCCUGUUUUAUUAUCACUUUUGUAAAUAUUUCGUAACAAUGGUGUCGUAAACGAUUUCCCGAGUUCAUGUAUUUUUGUGGGUGUGCGGUUAUGGUGUUCGUGUUUUUCAGCCACAUGCGCAAAUUAUAAGGAUCCUUUGCUAACUUGAAGAUGAUGAAUUCAAACUCUGCUGAUGGAGAGGCAACAGAGAUAAGGUUCAAACGCAUUAUCACCCCUGACUACACAGCUCAUCUCUCUUUUGAAAACAAAUCCUGUAAUCUAUGGCGGAGCCCAGAUUACGAAUGUCGUCAAAUUAUUCAAUCGAAAACAAACUGCAGGAGAUCUGCUUGUCUUUUCGUUCUUAUCACCAUAUGUAUAUUAUCAGCUCUAACAGCUAGUAUAUUUUACUACAUUAGUUCUAUAAAUGAAUUUCCUGAUGACAAUUCAACUAUCAGAGAACUCUACAGAAGUUUGCAUAAUUCUAUAAGCUCACCUUCCCUGACGGUUGGAAGCACUGAAGAGCUCAAUAAAAAUUAUUAUAAGUCGGAGUAUUCCCCUAAUUCCUUGGAUCUUUCCCCUCCAAAAGGAAAGAAUCUAGUCGUAAGUAAAAAGCUUUCUCACGAAAAAAUAGGCAUCAAAGUUGAUCCUGAAACUGCGACAGGUCGCAACUCAGUGAGUUUACUAAGAGAAAAAAGACAUGCCGUAAUUAAUGAGACAGAGUUAUCAACCACGAUAGACUCCUUGAAAAAAUUAUGCAAUGAUGUCGGAGAAUGUCAGGAAAAGCUGCUCAAUUUGACCACACUGAUCGAAAAUUUUAAAGAUGAUUUUGAAAAAAUCACAGCUUAUCUAGAGUAUUUGAAAAACAGCAAAAAAAAUAGCACACAUGGCCUCGAUGUUACACACCCACCCGAAGAUUUGCCCCAUGGAAGUCACAUAACAACUGUGGCUGAGACCUCAGAAUUAAUUGACAACCUGACGCAAAUUUUAACGGAUGAUCUAGACUUCACCUCCCCAUCAAGUGUCUCACCUUCCACAAGCAAGCUAACAACUGAAAAUCCUAUCAAUGAAAAGCCAACUUAUAAUACUAAUGAGCCAAUUGAGAAUCCUGCUACAACAGAGGCAAACACCGAAACACCAAAUUCCACUGAAAAACCAUUUUCAACCAAAGCCCCUAAUGAAAUAAACGAACCAAGUGAAAGUCCUAUUACAACAGUCACCCGCCAAGUGCAUGAAGUUAGUGAAAAUCCAACAACUACUGCCAUUAAUGAAACCCACAAACCAAGUGAAGCUCCCGUCACAACAGUGCAAGAUGUUGCGGAAACAGUUCCGGAAAAAUACGAGCCUGCUACUGUGGAACCCGAGCCUGUCACUCAAACGAAUUACAGCCAGGGGAUGAUCAGCGAGCCUCGACCCGAAGACCAGCCUGGUAACACGGACUCUGACGUAGCCUUCAUUCACUCUGUAGAAAACGAGCUGAAUAAAGAAAUAGUCACAACACCGUUUGAGGAUGAUAAAGUUAUCUUUACUCCUGCUCCGGUUGUCACACCCCAAAAAGUUGAUCCGAACGAAUCUGCAUCCCCUGCGAAUCUUAUAGAAGAUGAUAAAUACCUACCGUCUACCCCCAAGUACCAGGGCACAACUCCACCUUCGAAGCCCAGCCUCCAUGGCCACUCCAACAAUUCACAAAUAACGGAUGAAGUACUGCACAACCCAAUUCAUUCGCUGGAGACCAGCCAACAAGUUUACUACUCCCCGCCCAAAUUGGUCUGUAGGCCGGACGGGUCAUUCUGUUACUAUCCGCAACAAGCGCUUCCUUGCUGUAAUGCUGGAUUUUCUCAGCCGAUUCCUCAUCGUGCGCCACAAGAACAUGUUCUAAAUGUCCACACCCCGCAAGAAAUUCAUUUCCCAACAGCCAUAGCGUCACCCAACCCUUACCACAGUCCGUCAGGCUACCAGGGAUCUCAAAUUCCAGGAAAAACUUGUGUUCAGUGUGCUGCAUCCUACGCACCAAGUGCACCUGCAUCUUAUGCACCAAGUGCUCCUGCAUCUUAUGCACCAAGUGCGCCUGCUCACAGCCCCAUGGGUGGGUAUGCAGGGCCAUCACCGUACUGGAGUAUCUUCUCGAAUUACUACAAUCCGCCUCCUGCUUUUGGGUAUGCUCUUCCAUAUGCUGGGAAUGUAUAUGCGUCACCUCCAAUUUCCGGAAUAUCGGAAUAUGGUGUCCCUGAAUUUCAAGAUCUUCCUUAUCUGAGGAAUGUACAUGGAUCAAAUGCAACCGGGCGUGCCUCAAGCUUCCUUCUGAGUGGUGUGAUGUGCUCACCGUUUGAGCAAGCGUGUGCAGAUGGUUCCAGUUGUCUGUCAACCAUCAAAUGGUGUGAUGGUGAGGCCAACUGUCCAGAUGCCAGCGAUGAAGCUCAAUGUUCAUGUAAACAACGGAUUGAUAGGACAAAACUGUGCGAUGGAUACUUUGAUUGUCCAUAUGGAGAAGAUGAGCUGAGCUGCUUUGGCUGCGCAAGGAAUGAAUUCAGUUGUGAUGACUGGAACAAAAUGAAUCCUCGAGGAACUUGUGUCCCAAUAGAAAAGCGUUGUGACACUGUGAGAGACUGCUUGAAUGGCAAAGAUGAACAAGAGUGCUCUAUUCUUACCGAGACUGUAGAGCAAGAUCAGGACUUCCUGGUUUCCUACUCAAAAGGUUUUCUUCACCGCAAUUACAGAGGUCACUGGUAUCCUGUUUGUCCUUGGAAUGUGUACAGUCGCUGGGCAGUUGAAGCGUGUCAGUUAGAAGUAGGAUCUCAUGUGAAGAACAUUGAGAAAGCGAAUCUUGCCAAAGUUGAGAACUACAAAGGCCAAUUUAUCGUCGAGAAUGCUGAACAGCCAAAUGGCCGCAGUUACAUAGUAGCAAAUUGUGUGCCUCGGAAUUCAGCUAUCUACGUCAAAUGCCCUCCUCCUCAGUGCGGAACUCGCUCUGUUGGCCGCAUUCUAGGAGAAUCACUAAAUCGACUGAAGAAACACAUUAACUGGCGACAGGCCCUCAACGAAGUUGAUAGUGAUUUGAACUCAGAUGACUCAGAAAAAGACGAAGUUAUUGAUGAAGUCGAAGACCUAGUUUUAGAGAACGAUGUCUCUGGUAUCGUUAAAGAUGAGUCUUUUAUGAAGUCGCGUCUGCCAGGAAUAAAACCAGGUGCUCGGAACAAGUCAAAUGAGUUUGCAGUCGAUCAUUUUCUUAAUUUGCUCGAUACGGUUGAUGACCUUGUUUUGGAAGACAUAGAGUCUGAACUGGAAGAUUCGGACACGGUGCUCCCUGGGCAGGAAACGUUAAAACGUAUGGUUCGUGAAGAAGAAGCACGAGUUGUCGGUGGUAGUCCUAGUGAUCCUGGUGCCUGGCCAUGGUUGGUACUGAUGAACAGGGAUGGCUAUUUCCAUUGCGGCGGUGUCAUCAUUGAUGAGUCGUGGAUUUUAACCGCUGCACACUGCAUGCAAGAUUACGAAACUCAUUACUUUGAAAUUCAAGCUGGUGUUCUUAGAAGGUUCUCAUUUUCACCGCAAAGACAGAUUCGUUAUGUGACAAAUGUCAUUGUCUAUGAAAACUACAACAGAGUCGAUAUGCGGAAUGAUCUGGCACUCUUGAAACUAGACCGGCCUCUGAUCUUCAACCGAUGGGUCAGACAAAUCUGUUUCCCUCUCAAUAAGCCACCCUUUGGACCAAAAACGGGUGAAAUUUGUUCUGCUGUUGGCUGGGGAGCCUUACAUGAACAUGGUCCUGAUCCUGAUCAUGUUCGCGAAGUCCGAGUCCCUAUAUUACCAUUCUGCAAGCACCAAGCUGAUCGGGAAGGACGAGAAAUCUGUGCCGGGUAUGAGGAAGGAGGUGUAGACACUUGUCAAGGAGAUAGUGGUGGACCCUUACUGUGCAGGUUUGGAACCUCCGCUGAACGAUGGUACGUUGCUGGAGUGGUCAGUCAUGGAGAAGGGUGUGCUCGCCCAGGUGAACCGGGAGUAUACACGAGAGUAGCACUAUUCCUAACCUGGAUCGUCACAAAUGCUGAUGACGAGCGUCCUAUGCCAGCUAAGAUACCGCGACAACAGUGUCCGGGAAAACAAUGCAGCACAGGUCAGUGUAUCCCCUUGAAGCAUGUGUGUGAUGGUAUCGUCGAUUGUCUGAACAUAGAGGAUGAGAUGGACUGUGGCAAUGACAUUCUCUUACGGAAACAGCUGGCCAAAGCUCGUAUGAGUGUUAGCAGCUCAGAGGAUGAAGCCAGCGCAGAGAGAGAUGCUAAUGAAUGCGGCGCUGGAGAAAUGAAUGCUCAUAAGUUAUCCUGCCUCCUUGGAGUCUCCCUGAAGAAAAAUGAAACCUUAGCAUCUGCUGACAAUUCAACGCAAACCAUCAAACCAGUAUCAUCAGACCAGAAAAUAGACGUCACAUUAACAACGCUUCCCACCAGCUUGUCAAACACCUCUAAGUCAGAAAAAUCGAACUUUACUGAGAUGAAAGUGGGAGCAAGUUUGACUACAGUUGCACCUCAAAAAGACACAACAAGCAAAGUUGAAGGAACAACAGCAAGUCCCUCUUCAACCAAAGUCCCCUCAAAUUUUUCUGAAGUGACAACAACUGAAGAACAUGAGUCAAAUGAGCGCAGCGCAACCAAAGCAGAAACCAGAAAAAUAGAAAAUGAUGAAGGAACAGUACCCACUACGUACUCGCCGAAAGGUAUUUCUGCAGAAAUAACUACGAGUGCUCCGAAAACAAGCACCUCCGAAACACAAACUACACGCCCUGAAGUAGAGGUAUCUACCACGCUUCGAACAACAGAAAAACCAACUACAAUGUUCACAACAGAAGCACCAACUUCAUCCUCCACAGUGGGGAAGUUAUCUACUCAUCCCACUGAAGUCAGCGCAACGGUAGGUUCGACUUCGUCUGUCUAUCAAUCAAGCUCGACGGCAGCUCCAAAAAAAACUGAGUUCAGCACAACAGAAAUGCCAGACUCCACAACUGAAAUGAAACAAUCUUCAUCAACCUCUACAGGCCCAGAGUCAAGGAAUUCGGAUUCGCAAAGUGAAGUUAGUAUCACAAAAAACGAUGGUGAAACCUCUACAUCGUCAACCGAGUUGAACCCUACAGGUAAAGGGAAAACAGCAGAUGAUCAAAACACUCCAGCUAGUGGAAGCUCAGUCAUCAAUGAAGGAAUAUCUGACCCUCCUAAAGUAUCAGAUGCACCAGAAAAAUCUACGGAACCAUCGGUAAAUAUUACUCCAGUCUCUAAAGCAGAAUCAAAAUCAGCUGAAACAGAAAUGGUCACUGAAAAGACUGUCCCAGGUAGCACUACGCAUGACUCUAAUUCAGAAUCAAAAUCAAUAACAAAAAUUGCAGAAACUUUGCCUCAAGAUAAAGCAACUACAGUUUCAUCCAAAAAAGUAGAAACUUCAACUGUAUCCUUCAGUGAUCCCGUGCCAAUAACAGCACCACCCACCAAAUCAAGCUCUGAUAAACAGACUGAAAAAAUUUCUUUUUCUGAUAUAAACUCUGAAGGGCCAGCUCGCAGUUCUGAAGAAGAAACUCAAUCAACCGAGCCGCCAAUAAUUCUUUCCCCCUCACACCCAUCAACGGUCGAUAAACCGACCGAAGACAGUGGACCUCUAGACUCGGAUGAAAACGAGAACCUACGUACAACAACCUCAGAACCGAACACUGAGCUGACUGAUGUUACCAGUAGUUUAAAGGACACGGAUCCAUCAGGUGUCAGAGGAACAAAUUCUUUCAAGAACUCCCGCAAAGGAAAGAUGCUUCGAGAACCUUUUAAGAAAUACAGCAUGGACAUAAUGGUACCGAAAAAAUUUCAGUGUAAAACUGUGGAGCAGUAUAUUACUGGUGCAAAACGCUGUGACGGUUUUCCUGAUUGCUUCGAUAAAACAGACGAACAACUCUGCUCCUGCAAAGAUUAUCUGUUGAAUUUCGAUCCCUCCGCAAUUUGUGAUGGUAUUUUGCACUGUGCCGAUUACACUGAUGAGUCAAACUGCAACAGCACAUGUUCAGAAAAGGACUUUGAUUGUCCCAAAAGCAAGACUUGUAUUCCUGCAGAACUGAGGUGUGAUGAUAUUCAGGACUGCUUGUUCAAUGAGGAUGAGGAAAAUUGCUACUCUCUAAAUUCCACCACCUCUGCAGAAAACGUCAUCGAGGCUCGUAAGCUCUCCGCAAUAUCCUCUGGACUGGUUAUCAACGACUUCGAGAAUAUCUGGCAUCCCAUCUGCUUAGAGGAUUCUGAUGAUGAAGCUUUUGAUAAGAAUAUGGCAAAUCGCACUUGCUCUGAACUCGGCUUUGACGGAUAUGACAGUGUGCAACGAAAUCCAGUUGAAGGAGAUAACAAAUGUUUAGGUCUGAGCGUCAAGUGCUCCCAGAGACUUGGAAUGAAUUCUUAUCCUUGGCUUGCUGAUAUCUACUCAAAUGGAGUGUGGAACUGUACUGCUAUUUUGAUCGGCGAUCAGUGGUUACUGGCGGACACAUCGUGUGAUUUUGAUUUUGAAGAAGAAAUAGUUGUUGCGGUUCUUGGACGAAAUAAUCAGCGGUCUCCUAUGCUAUCACCUUAUCAACAAGUCAUAGAUAUCGACUUUUUAACCAAUGAACCCAAGAGUAAAGCUGCUGUAUUACACCUCAGAGCUUCUAUUAAACCAAGUGCUGACGUCAAACCUCUUCUAUUAUCAGCUUCAAACUACGAGGAUAGUAAAUUUGAUAUAAAAUGUGUGGCAGCAAUGCACAAUAAGUCAAAUUCUAGCACACAGGUUUUUCUUAAACCAGCCCAAGAACCAGAAUGUUACGGGCGUAGAUGUUUUUACGCGCCUGAAUGUGAGGUUGACCAACAGGAUCUUCACAUAGGCGAUAUUGCCUGUUUUGGAGAGAGUGGGUGGUAUAUUGCUGCGAGAGUAAAACACAGCGUUCCGUGUGAUUCUGAUUUGUUGAAACUUGAAAAUGGUCAAGUGAUUCAUGAAAAUAUUCCUUCGCUUCUAGAAAGUGUAAGCGUUCAAAAUUCAUCAUCAUUGGAGUGCGAUGGUUUUCGAUGUGUAUUUGGGAAGUGCAUCGCAUGGGACAAAGUGUUUGAUGGCACUCCAGAUUGUGAAACAAAAUCGGAUGAGAGUGAGAAUGCUCAAGCGUUGAAAAGAGAAUUCUGUCAAUCAAAUCCCGCUUCAACAGCCUGUGAGAAGUGUGCUGCAAAUGAAUUAGACUGUGGAGAUGGCUCAUGCAUUCCUAUUUCCAGCAUCUGUGAUGGCAGCGAGCAAUGCUCGGACGGGAGAGAUGAGCCUGCUAGCUGUGUUAAUUUCAAAUGUGUCGAUUUUUUGAAGCUAAAAGAUCCCUCUCUGGUCUGCAAUAAUCGAAGGAAUUGCCAUGACAAAACUGACGAACUGGACUGCCCCAGCUUGUGCGACCUUGAGACUUCUUAUAAAUGUGCCAACUCAACUAUAUGUCUGCCGCUUGAUUUUGUUUGUGAUGAUGCCCAAGACUGUCCAUAUGGUGAUGAUGAGUCGUAUUGCCUGUCAUUUUAUGCCAACUCAAACGGAAACGAAGGAAUUAUUCGAAGGAGAUCGUUCGGCGUUUGGCAUCCUGAGUGCUUGAAAUAUCCAUUCAAGACCAACAAAUUUGACAAAAUUUGUAAUAAUCUAGGAUUCCAAAAACACAUGAAAGCAACGCCGAUUAAGACUCAUGGGAUCGAAUCUGACUCUUAUGGAAUAGUAAUUUUGAACGAUAAAAUAUCUUUCCCCUUGAGGGGUAAUAGACCGCCCAUAACACUGAAUAAUAGUAUCAACUGUCAAACUGCCCAAAUAACAUGUGAGUAGUAUUUCUAGACUAUAACUUUCUUGUUAUCAUUUAUUUGGAAUGAUUAGUCCAUCUUGAAGUUAAGUCAAAUUAAUUUUUUAAGCCUACUAGAAAGGCACAAAACUUCAGAUUUCAGGCAGUUAUGUUCCUAAAAUGAAAAAAUAACACUGAUAAAUUUUAAUAUGGCUAAUUUUUAUUUCGUUUCAAAAUUCAAAAUUUUCUCUGUAGGUUUAUUUUCAAUAAACUUCAGUUACGUUUUCAAAGUAGAUUUCAACGUAAGAACUUGAAUGAGCACAUUGAAUCAUCAUUGAUUCCGACAAGUUUUUCAAGUGCCAUAGAUAUUUAUCAAAAUUAUCAUUUUAAAAAUCAGUGUAUGAAUAUUCUCAGCUUUCCUCGGGCUGUUUCCUUGCUUUGAUUAUUAUUUUUUUUUUACUUCUUUUUUCAUUGAAUUAUAGUAUACUUGAUUCAAUACAUAUCUAGUGAGGAUGGCAAGUUCGUGUAGACUCAAGUUAUUAUUAAAACAGUAAUUUAAAAAAAUGGCAAAUUUUCUCUCAAAAUUUUUUUAAAAAACCUCUGAAUUCUUCAACACGAGAAUUUUGAAAAUUUAUCUAAUAUUUUAUCGCGCCUCCUCUUACAUUAUUUGGUAGCUGGCUUACAAUUUUAUUGUAAGUAUUUAAAAAAAGAAAAAUAACAAAAUAUUCAGUAACUUUCAAAUGAAAUGAUAGUUACGCCUCCUUCAUUCUCAAAGAACAAACAAGGUUGGAACCUUCGUUUGAAAUAGUAACAUAAUUUGGUCUUAAUCAUAUUGUGAAAGAGUAAUUUAUAUUCUUAAAAAUAUGAUUGAUGCACUUUAUUUAUUUAUUUUUUUUUUUAUAAUUUUUCAAAAUUAUGACAGGAGAGAAAAUUGGACAGGGCGGAAGGAUUGUUAAAAAUUAUAUUCUUACAGGAGGACUAAAA